AUGUUUAACAAGCUGCAAGGCCAGCCAGACAGCUACGAUAAGAAGGUGCAGUACAAAUUUGGGAGGACUCUGGGUGCGGGGACAUAUGGAAUCGUUCGUGAAGCAGAUGGCCCGAACGGCAAAGUCGCGAUCAAGAUCAUACUCAAGAAAAAUGUGAGGGGUAACGAACAGAUGGUCUAUGAUGAGUUGGACAUGCUGCAACGCCUGCACCACCCUCACAUUGUUCAAUUCCAUGAUUGGUUCGAAUCGAGGGAUAAAUAUUAUAUUGUGACGCAGCUUGCUACUGGAGGAGAAUUAUUUGACAGAAUUUGUGAAUAUGGAAAAUUUACCGAAAAGGACGCUUCUCAGACGAUCUUGCAAGUGCUAGGUGCUGUGGAUUAUUUGCAUGAGCGGAACGUUGUCCACCGCGAUUUGAAACCAGAAAAUCUGCUCUACCUCACCCGCUCUCAGGACUCACAGCUAGUGCUAGCGGAUUUUGGUAUUGCCAAAAUGCUUGAUAGCGCGACUGAUGUCCUUACCACCAUGGCAGGAUCAUUCGGCUAUGCUGCCCCAGAAGUCAUGUUGAAGCAAGGCCACGGAAAGGCGGUUGACAUGUGGUCCCUUGGUGUCAUUACUUAUACACUGCUUUGCGGUUACUCUCCGUUCCGUUCUGAGAACCUCCAGGACUUAAUUGAUGAGUGUCGAAACGGAAAUGUCGUCUUCCAUGAGCGAUAUUGGAGGGAUGUUUCCAAAGAUGCUAAAGAGUUUAUUUUGGCCCUUCUCCAGCCGGAUCCUACGAAGCGAGCAACAAGCACGGAAGCACUCGAGCACCGCUGGCUUAAGGGAGAGACCGCCACAGAUCACAAUCUGUUGCCAGAGCUCAAGGCAUACAUGGCUAAGGCUCGUCUAAAGCGGGGCAUCGAGAUUGUCAAGUUGGCAAACCGUAUCGAAGCACUCAAAAUGCAGGAAGAAGAUGAUGAGGACAUCCCAAGCGCAGUUCCUCAGGAUGCUGACGCCGCGUCCAAGACUGCUCCAGCGGACUCAACCUCUCCUAAACCAUCCAGCACUGCAGCUCCACCAUCAGGCAAAUUGCGCAGCCUCAGCAAAGCCGCGAAGAGUGCAAUCUUCCGGGAAGUCGUCCUUGCAAAGGUCCGCGAGGCCAAGAAUCAAGAACAGCACGAAAAGGUCGAGAGGGAAACAUUGGAAAGGGUUGAGAAGGAAAAGCAAAAAUAG